AUGAACAAUGGAUCAGAAAGACGUUUAGUUAAAGUAGAGAGAGAUGGGGCGUCAUCUGAAUCUCAUCCUGCCUCGGAUUCCCCUGCUGGUGAACUUAUUGAGUUCAAGAAAUGGCCUCAGGUAGAGAGUUCGGAGGGUGGAAAGAUGAGACUUGUAGUACAACAAGCUGAAUCAGAAAGUAUUACCACGAACCAAACUGAUGGUUAUCGUUUAAAAAGACCGGAGAAAGUCAUUGCAGAAGAUGAAUACUCGGAAUCGCUUUCCAAUAUCAUAUCUAGAGAUUAUUUUGGGGGAAUGCCCCCUGACACUAGUGUUACCCCAAGUGUUAGCUUGGACGAAUAUCAAGCAAAGUAUACUUCAGAAGAUAAUGACUCGUUUAACUCACUCUUGGAAGCACAAAUUCAGGAACAAAGAGAAAAGUUCUCAUGGCUCUGGAAGUCAAAUAAGUUAGAUAGUGGUCAUGUGGAAAGCACGAAGCGUAUAAUGGACAAGCAACAAGCACGGUUCAUCACUGACAGAGCAUUUACAGAGUCGGAACGUGCUACUGAGAACUUGGGUCUUACAGACCGAAGACCAACUAGACUUAGAAGUAAUGUUGCCAAAGAUGCAAAGAAUGCUCUGAUGUUUGCUCCGGAGGUUAUUGGCGAGAAGAAUAAUAAGAGACCUGCACAUGAAGUGAAACCGAAGAAAAUUUCUCGAGAGAAUACUCGACUUGACAUUUCACACAAUGCCAAAUCAAGCCACAAUUUACCUGCCGUACAUUCCGCCGUUGACGUAAUUACUCCGCCAACUGUAAACUCGUAUGGAUUUGUUACCGAGAAUACAUAUUCUUAUGAACCACCGGCACAAUCACGAAGGGAUAAUAUCCAUGAUCGCAUUCUAAAGAACGAGGCGGAAAAAAAAAGACAGAAAAAAGAAGAAAGUAUCUUCAGCUUCAACUCAAGAAGUGGAAGGAUUACCAAAACGCCGGUUUCAAGCAGGGGUGCAUCAGGGUCACAGGUCUCUGGGACACCACUAUCCCCAGCAGCGGCCAGGUUAAUGGGCCGGGUAAAGAGCACAAAAAUGUCUGGUUUUGAUUUCACACCCAAACGAAAAUAG